AUGUCUCGUUAUGAUCGCGAACUAAUUAUCACAGUGCGCACGCGCCCUGAAUUCCUGAAGACUUUGCGCCUCCUUGUUUUCGAUCAUGCACGCCCUCACUCGCCCAUAUUUGUGCACAAAUUCGCCAACCAGGGCCUCUUUAUGCUCUCAGGGGUCCAGUUGACUGCCAUGUCUGGGUCUGACCAUGUUUUCCGUCUGGAGACAUCCCUCAAAGAGUCCCACUUCUUGAACAUAACCAGCCAGACAGUUAUUAUUCGACCUGAGAUGGAUGUAAGCCAUUCUCACCGUUUUGAAUUCUCUCCUUCUCCUCGUCCUACAUUCGGAAAUAUCAUGAGCUACUAA